CAUAUAUAAGGCAACAAUGUAGUCAAGCAAGUUGUGUUUCUAUAAAAUGGCAGAAGAAAGAGAUCCGCAUGCAAUAAGAGUUGCACUAAUUGGAAAAACAGGAUGCGGGAAAAGUGCUUUUGGAAACACUCUGGUUGGUUAUAAUUGUUUUGUGUUGCUUCCUUCAGGAGAAUCAGUGACAACAGAAACUAAUGAAGGUACUGGCAAGCUUCCAUCUGGAAAGACGAUAAGAGUUGUUGAUACGCCUGGAAUAUUAAAUACGAAGCAGAAGGCAGUCAUAACAGAAGUUACUAAAAGUAUUGGAUUUCUAUCGCCAGGACCUCAUGCGUUUAUAAUUGUUCUUUCGCCAAACAUAGUAACAGAUGAAGAAAAAGAAGCAAUAAAAGAUCUUAGAAAUUUAUUUGGAAACACUAAUUUUCUAGAUCACACAAUGAUUGUAAUGGUCAGAAAAAAUGAGAUAAGAGACGUAAAGGGAAAUCGAAUGGAUAUUCAUGAAUUCAUCGACAAAAUGGCUGUAGAAGAGGUUCAACAACUAUAUGAAAGAUGUGGUAAACGUAUUGUAGCUUUAGAAAACUUAGCAUCACCACACGAACAGCAAACAUAUGCACAGGAAGUCGCUGAUGAAAUAUCAACUAUGGAUGGUUAUUUUCCCAUGAAUACUUCUUAUUACUAGAAGAAAACAAAAUUCGAAUAAAUCAAAUAGAUAAAUUAAAAAACGCUUUGGAGAAGAAGAUCAAAGAACUGAAUCAGGAUUUAUGCUCCAUUUUGUAAUGAAAUAGAUAAAUUUAUUA